AUAAGAAAGUCUGUUCCUUUAAUCAAUCAAAUCAAGAGACUUUGAAGAUUGUUUCCCAAUUUGCAUCAAUCGGGAUCAAGUCAAAUCUUCUUCCACUCAUCAUCUGACAAUAGAUUGAAUCAAGGGAAUUGAGAGUUGUGGGUUUGUUCGGGUUCUUGGAUUUGAAGUGGUUAAGGGAUGGAUGAAAAUAAUGGAGGUUCAAGCUCACUUCCACCUUUCCUUACUAAAACAUAUGAAAUGGUAGAUGAUUCGUCUUCUGAUUCGGUCGUUUCUUGGAGCGAUAACAACAAAAGUUUUAUCGUCAAGAACCCAGCGGAGUUUUCAAGAGACCUUCUUCCGAAGUUCUUUAAGCAUAAGAAUUUCUCAAGUUUCAUCCGUCAGCUUAAUACAUAUGGUUUUCGAAAAGUCGAUCCUGAGAAAUGGGAAUUCUUGAAUGAUGAUUUUGUUAGAGGUCGACCUUACCUUAUGAAGAACAUUCAUAGACGAAAACCGGUUCAUAGCCACUCGUUACAGAAUCUACAAGCGCAAAAUCCUUUGACGGAAUCAGAAAGACGAAGCAUGGAAGAUCAGAUCGAAAGACUGAAAAAAGAGAAAGAUGGCCUUCUUACUGAGUUACAGAACCAAGAGCAAGAGCGGAAAGAUUUCGAGCUUCAAGUAACGACAUUGAAAGAUCGGUUACAACAUAUGGAGCAACAUCAGAAAUCAAUAGUGGCAUAUGUUUCACAGGUUUUGGAAAAACCAGGACUUUCUCUAAACCUCGAAAACCAUGAGAGAAGAAAAAGAAGAUUUCAAGAGAAUUCUCUUCCUCCAAGCAGUUCACACAUAGAACAGGUCGAAAAGUUAGAAUCUUCUCUAACUUUUUGGGAGAAUCUUGUAUCGGAAUCAUGCGAAAAGAGCGGUCUGCAGUCACCAAGCAUGGAUCUUGAUGCAGCUGAGUCAAGUCUAAGUAUUGGCGAUACCCGACCCAAAUCAUCAAAGAUAGAUAUGAACUCAGAGCCACCCGUUACCGUUACCGCACCUGCUCCAAAAACAGGGGUUAACGACGACUUUUGGGAACAAUGUUUGACAGAAAACCCGGGAUCAACAGAGCAACAAGAAGUUCAGUCAGAGAGAAGAGAUGUCGAUAACGAUAAGGGAAAUCAAAGGACGUUUUGGUGGAAUUCAGGGAAUGUAAAUAACAACAUUACAGAGAAAGCUUCUUGAUAUGAAUGAGGUUUUUGUAAAAUAGAUUUUUCUUUUGUUGCUUCCUCUGAGAUUAUUGUAUUCGUGUUCAUUAUUUAUUACUCUGUUUCUCUACAGAGCUGAGGAAAAGAAGAAACUAAUAGAAUUCCA